AUGCAAGACUUACCACCUAUUGGAGGAUACGAGCCAGUCCAAUGGAAGAGAAAUGUGCCAGCCCGUGGGUUCAGACCAUCGAUUUAUUUUUGGGGGAUCACCGGAUUAAUCUCGUUUGGAUUCUACCGCUACUAUCAAGGAAUCAACGAACAGCGUGAGCUAGCAAGAGAAAGAAACUGGGCCAGAUUCUUUUUGGAGCCAAUGUUGGUUGCAGAAGAAGACCGUAACAUUGCCAGAAGAUACUUUUCCGAAAAGGCCAGACAAGAACUUGUUAGAGAAUCCAUGAGUGAAGAAAACAAGGCCAAGUUCGACGAAGAAAUCUACCACGACAAGUCCAAGACCCGUUUCCCAAGAUACACUGCUGGGGUCCAUCCAGCCGACCGUUAAUCAGACUGGACCAACAUCACUUAUAAUUUAUUCUAUUCAACUUAUUUUAUUCCUCAUUCUAUUCACUAACUUAUGAUCAUUCACCAAUUAGUACUAUUCAUAGUAUGCCAUGCAUUAGGUAGGUUGAUUUCAAUUCCAUCUCUUUAUGUACUUUAUUUAAUAUUUAUUACAGC